AUGAACGUGAACCAUUUCCUGGGUCCCAUGGGGGUGAAUGGUGCUCUCACCGAAGAAGGCCGAGCACAACUAGAAGGCAUCAUCGCACACCACCAGCAGAUUGUCGUCGAAAUUGAAGCUGAGGCAGCCAUAGCUCUGGAGGCGUUGAAAACUCUGACGAAGCAGCGAAACGAGGCACACGCGUGGUUGGCUUCCUUGAGCACCACUGUGGACAAAGGUUCGCUGCCCCAAGUCAUAAAACAUGAAGAGGCUCUCCUUGAAGAUAUUGACGAACGAAUGGUGCAUGUAGAAGGCGAACUCUAUUUCCUAGGUGGAUUGGAGUGCCAGGACGUCACAUAUCCUGGUAACUAUGAACCUUCCGACGAUGACAAACGUGAAAUCGAGCAAAACCGACGAGAACUGCGGCGGCUUUCGGAUGAUUAUAAAAACGUCUCAAAGCAGUUGGAUCUCCACCGGGACCAACUCUCGCCGAUACGCAAGGUUCCUCCACAGAUCAUUCGCCUCAUAUUCCUCUUCUGGGAUGUCGACAGACCUCGCCGUCGAACAGCAACCUAUGUGUCUCCGAAUGUUCUUACCAGUGUUUGUAUAGCCUGGAAGAACAUCGCACUGGGCACACCCGAGUUAUGGUCUUCGAUUUCAGUCGAGAUUCAAAGGGAAGUCGUCGAAGCAUGGUUGGAGCACUCUGGUUCCUGUCCUCUUUCAAUCUCCAUCGAAGAACGAGAUCCAUUCCUCCGCAGCAGUCGCGCUGGGUUUGACUACACUCUUCCCACCGCACCUACCGCCGAACCAGAAUCCGAGGAUCCCACCGAUUCAGUAGUUUUGUCCAUGUUCGAGGUCUUCAUCCCCCAUCACUCCCGAUGGCAGAAAGUCCGUAUAAGAUACAAAGACGCAUGGUCCGAGAAAACCGGGUUCGCUUCACUGCCCAAGGACACCUCUUUUCCCUUGCUCGAAGAACUAUACUUGGAGAAAAGUUACUGGCUGGAACAAGACGACGUGGAUCGCAUCACAUCAACGAUGCUCUCCGCACCACGACUUCAUUCCGUCAGUUGGCUGAGCCAGAAGCCAUUCACGAUGCUCACCUUUCCCUGGGCACAGCUCACGCACUUCUGGCUGGGCCACAUCAUAUCGAUGACUGAGGGUCUCCGCAUCAUCACAUCCUGCCCUCAGCUCACAUCUUUAGAGCUGACACUCAUUCUUCCUGUCCAAGUUACAUUCACAAACGGCUCUGACCCAAUUGUUCACAACAAUCUGCAACGUCUCCAUCUAAGCACAGCAGGCGACCUCGGAAUCCUCUUUGACAAGCUCACGCUACCAGCUCUGAAUGAUCUCUCGCUCUCUGAGGUCCACGGGUCCUUUCCCAACAUUACCCCCGUACACAUCAUUCACUGGCCACAAUCCCAGUUCCUUGCAUUCCUCCUUCGUUCUCACCAUCAAGCUGUGGGGAUGCAUUUCUGCCCAGGACGGGAGAGUGGCGGAUAUGGUUGA